GCCAGGAGCGGGAAAUGCUGGAGGCAGGCUUGGGGCCUACACUAGUACUUAAGGCCCCUUGGUGUCCACGGUUAAAAGGCAUAUUGGUGGUCACUAAUGUUGAUGAUGUUUAUGUGUUGAUGUUGUGGCUGUAUCUGGUACUGUACUUCAAUAUCAAUCUAUAAUCAUGGCAUUUGCUUUUCAAUUCUCCUCAAAUUACACUGAAGAUAUUUGGCGAGAGGAAAAUUUGCCUGGAUUUCAGGAACUGGUUCUCCGCAGUACUGAUCAGCCAGAAGAUGGGAAGAUCUAUGUAAUGUACCACGGCACCACGUUCAAUAGAGCUGUAGGAAUUAUCAAAGCUGGAUUUCAGCAAUCUGAAGAUGGAAUGCUGGGAAGAGGCGUCUACGUCAGUAGAGAUGUAAAUAAAGCUAUGAGAUACCCCCUAGAUGACAAAUCAGAUCAGAUUGUUCUAAAGCUAAGAGUGAAUGUAGGCAAGGUCAAGAAGAUUGAAUAUCAAAAGCAUCCUAUGCAAAAAACAUGGCAUAAGAAUGGCUAUGAUACAGCCUGGGUGCCCGCCUAUUGUGGAAUGGUUACAAGUGGGCUGGAAGAGGAUUGUGUUUGGGAUCCCAAGAGAAUCAAGGUGGUUGGCAUCGCCAAAGCUUCACCAAACCAUCUGCAACAGCUGAAUUAUUUGUUAAUGAUGUAUGGAAAAUAGGCACAGUCAUAAAAUAUUUUACCUGCCAGGAAAUAAAUGACCAAUUUACUAGAAA